AUGGAAAUUAAUAAUAAACAAUAUCAGGAAAAUACAGCAAUAUUAUCGCUUGAUACAAGCAGUUCUGAGAAACCUAUCAUGAACUAUCCUGCCCAACCCAUUGCAAGAAUAAAUGUUCCACCGACAGAACAUGAGCAGACGAUGUUUCCAUUUUUGUAUGGGCACGAUAAAUGGCCACAUAAAGUAGAGAAGGCGUUCACGACUGCAUUACGAUUAAUAAUGAAAAGUGGAACAUCAAAGAUAAAGAUCCGUAACAAAAAUUAUGGUAGGAAUGAAUUGAUCUCAUUAUAUAUCAGAUAUGAAACCGGUGAGGUCAGAACGAAGAAACAAAUAUCAUCUCAUAUUCAAGUUUGGAAAAAAUCGAUCCUAAGUAAGGCAUCAAGUAAUAUGAGAUUAACAUCAAUAGAUACAGAAAUUUUAAAUCUAAUUGAAAAGGGAGCAGAACAAAAUAAAGAAUCAUUGGAAAUUUUUUAUUCAACAUUUGAAGUAAUAAUUGAUACACUCUUAAAGGAUACCACAAUUCACAACGGCCCGAAAAAUCCAUAUGCUAGUACUAACCCAAAUGUUACCAAACUUUAUCCUCAACCGUAUAGUAGGAAUUCGUCGUAUGGCAACAAUUACAAUAACAUGGCACCUACUCUAAUAGAUCCACAUAUGGCAGAUUCAAAUGCCCACGGGAUCCCAAGGUACCAAUAUGCUGGCAAUGUAAAUCCAUAUGUAGAUCAGCAGCAUGCGGCGUUUUCUCAGGGAGGGCCUCUAAGAUACACACCUGUUGAGAAUUAUAGCAUGCAGCAAAAUGAUACAGUAAUACGAUACAGCAGUAAUGAUAAUUCUAAUAAAGUGAUUGGUAUUCAGAGAGCAUAUCCCGAAUAUUAUAACGCACCAGUGGAACAAAUGGAAGAAAGAUAUAAACAGCCGUAUCAUGAUAAUCGUACUGGGCAAAUGGCAGGUGCUUAUCGGAACUGGUACCCAGGCGUUCAGCCUAGAUAUCAAUCAGAUUUUAAGGAUGAUAAUCUGGAUGCCCCACCAAUAGGCUAUCCAUCACAGUAUUCCAGUUCAACAGCUUCUUUGACUCCUCAACUUCCUGUUAAUCAACAGUUUACAAAUAUUGAUAAGCAAAUACCUCCAGCGUAUAUUCAACCUGUUCCUAUGUAUAGUGAAGCUGACCGUAUAAAAUUACCACAUCUAGUUCAGUCUAAUACAUUUAUCGGGAACACGACAGGUCAAUACAAUGCAAUGUAUCCAAAUGAUAUUAGAGGUUCCAAUUAUUCGGUAGUUCAAAAUAAGGAUUAUAAUUCUGCUAGUAACACUGCGAAUAACCAAAAUGCUGUGAACUCCAAUGAUGUUUCAAAUUCAACACCAAUGACGAACCCUUCUAUCACAACUUUAAAUACGGGUAAAUUCUCAGAGCAUCCUCAUGAGGAACAAGGUACGAAACCAAUGGCAUCAUUUCAUGAACCAUCAGUACGAUCAGAAGUAUCAUUGACUAAUAAUAAUCAGAUGGUACAUACUGCACCAUACCUGUAUCAAAACUCCCCGAUUCAGCAUAAUUCAUCAAAUAUUCCAAUAAAACAACAAAUGGUAAUGCUACCGACUUAUCCUUAUUAUUCGCAAAAUAUUCCAAGCCAAGUACCGUCAAAAGAAGGAAACUCAGAAUCUUUACCUGGUAUUCAUCCAAAAUAA